AUGCCGUUCGACACGGAGCUCACCCGCCGCCUAGGCAUCAGAAUCCCCGUCGUACAAGGCGGCAUGCAGCAUGUUGGCUACGCCGAAUUGGCUGCUGCCGUCUCCAAUGCGGGCGGCCUGGGCAUCCUGACCGCCUUGACCCAGCCAACUCCGGACGACCUCAGGAAGGAGAUCCGGAAGACCAAGACCAUGACCAAGUACCCCUUCGGCGUCAACAUCACCCUGCUGCCCGCCCUCGUCCCCCCGGACUAUGCCGCCUACGCCCAGGCCGUCAUUGACGAGGGUAUAAACAUUGUGGAAACGGCCGGCAACAGCCCCGGGCCAGUCAUCAAGAAACUCAAGGCCGCGGGUGUCAUUAUCCUCCACAAGUGUACCACCAUACGACACGCGCAGAGCGCCAUCAAGCUCGGCGUUGACUUCCUCUCGAUAGAUGGCUUCGAGUGUGCUGGACACGUGGGCGAGUCAGACAUCACCAACUUCAUUCUGCUGAGCCGUGCGCGCCAGUCGCUCAAGGUUCCGUUCAUCGCCUCGGGCGGAUUCGCCGACGGCCAGGGCCUGGCCGCUGCGUUGUGCCUCGGCGCCGAGGGCAUCAACAUGGGAACGCGCUUCAUGUGCACCGUUGAGGCCCCAAUCCACCGUAACAUCAAGGAGACCAUCGUCAAGGCCCAGGAGACCGACACGGCUCUGGUCAUGCGGAAGUGGACCAACACCACCCGUCUGUACAAGAACAAGGUCACAGACGAGGCCAUCAAAGUUGAGAAGGCAGCUACCGGCGACAAAUUCGACGACAUGGCGCCGCUCAUGAGCGGAAAGCGUGGCCGCGAAGUUUUCAUCAAUGGCGACCCAGACUACGGUGUUUGGACUGCCGGCCAGGUCAUUGGGCUCAUCCAUGAUAUUCCCACGUGCCACGAGCUGGUUACACGCAUCGAGAAGGAGGCGGAGGAGACUCUGACAGCCAAGCUGUCCUUGGCUUCAUCCAAGGCAAAGCUAUAA